GCGCUUUACAGGCGGAGGAGGGCAAUCUCUGCUGGUGUUUUUCUUUGCAGGCGUUGACGGCGGAGAAGAACAACAAAGUUGAAGACGACGUGACGGCGGAGAAGAACAACAAAGUUGAAGACGACGUGACGGUGAAGAAGAACAAAGUUGAAGCAGACGAGCCGUGACAUCUUAUUCGCACUCGAGGAGGACAAUCUCAGCCUUUGUGGCUUCCCCUCCUUUGUUUUGCUGAAGAGCGAGAAGGCGAAAGACUCCGAAAAAAACAACAACAACAACAUUGGGGAAAAAAGUCAAGUUAUCGUCUCGGGGAGUGCACACUUUAAGGCGCGCCAUGCAACUUUAAGAUGUUGCCGUUGUGGCUUUGACUUGCGUUGCCUUUGUUGGCGUGACGUCAGCAUGUGUUGAAGAACCAUGGGGGCCAAACCCAGCAGCCCCGCCUAUGACGGCAGAACCCGGGCUUAUUCCAGCUCCGACCUCCCGUCCGGGAACGCCGGCGGAGGGGAACGCUUUGCGGGCUUCAGGUACACCAACGGACCAGAGGGCCCCAGGAUCAGGUACACGGGCCCAGGGCCCACCAGCUCGGGCCUGAGUAUCCCAGCGGGGGGCAGGUCAGGCUCAGAUGGCACAGAUGGUGAGGAUGAGGGCCACAGGUUGCUCAUAGGGUCUCUACCGGCUCACCUGUCGCCUCGCCUGCUGACAGGUUUCCAUUGUCCCGUCUGCUCCAAGUUCAUGGCGUCUGAUGAAAUAGAGAAGCAUCUGCUCAUGUGUUUCAGCAAAUCACGCCUUACCUACAACAAAGACAUCCUGUCCAGAGAUUCUGGUGAAUGUGCCAUCUGCUUGGAGGAUCUGGAGCAAGGAGACACCAUUGCCAGGCUCCCCUGCCUGUGUAUCUACCAUAAAGGAUGUAUAGAUGAGUGGUUUGAGGUGAAUCGCUCAUGCCCGGAACAUCCCUCCAACUAGCAGAAGUCCAGCAAUCGAUCGACUGCACCUGACUUUAUUUCUUAACACUGCACGCUCCAGUGUUGUAGUAAUUAUGUUUGAAGAACUCAUCAGGGAUGGUGAAACAUGAUUGUGUUAGAAGAGUAUUCACGUGGCUGGAUUUAUCGGAUGGAGGGUUUUUAUGUCAUGGAUUGUCUUGUGAAUGUUCUUUGGGCCCGCUUUGCAGGCUCCAGCCUUUCCCAAAGCUUGGAUCUCGUGGAACUGUUGGCUGAACAGGGUGUGAUCUCUCUGGACGUGUGGAUGGCAGAGUAAUGUGACAUUUCUGCAGAGACUUUUCUGCUUGUUGUUGCCUGUUCAGGCGGCUGUACAAUGUGAAAUGCAGCCAUACGGAAUACAAAAUGUCUAUAUCAGCUUUAAGGGAUGAUUAGUGGGGGUGGCAGUUGUAGCUUGUUCCACUAUUAAAAAACAAAUGUGUCCUAGACCGAAUUGUCUUAUCAUGAACUAGCCACAACACCGGUAAUCAUUUGGCUAUUCUGAACCACAUGCGUCAUGAAAUUGUGUAGCGUAGAAGUGGAAUUAAAAGCUAGGCUCAGAAAUAUCUUGACAGUGAUUUGCCAUAAUAUGCUGCUAUGUCAUAGACUGGGAAGUUUCCUAUAACCUUUGGAUCUUUGUUCAGUGUCAUUUUAUAUUUGUACUGUGACGAAUUGCACAACAAUAAAUGUUUUGUCAUUGUG